CUAGUCUUUCUAUUUGCGGCGUUAUUGGUGUUGGUUGCUGUUUGUGGUUCGUCGUGCAUGAGCAGCAGAAAGUGGAAAAUUAUAAUAAAUCUCAUCCAGAAUUCUGUUUUGAUUCCGAUACAUCGCGAAUUUAAAUUAACGACUAAACGUGCAACGGUGCUGUGAGGCAAAUUAAUAAAUUCUGCGGCAUACUACUGUUCUUCGGGUGUGUGUGUAUUCAUACACGACAUGUGUGCACAUACAUAUGUCUGCAUGUACAUUCGAAAUUGAAAUUAUGCAAAAUGUGCAUCAUACUGCGAACGCUAGUUAAGGAGCAGUGCUUCAAUUGCUACUUCGAUGGAAAUGUAACUGUUACGUACUGUGUUCGCGAUUUCCCCCGUACUUAUCCUGUGCCUAAACCGUCGAGCGAAACGCAGGCUUAUAGCGCAUCUGGCACAUAACACGGUUCACGAAAGAAUUUUUUCAAACCUAAAGAAUUGUUAAUUUGAUCGAACUAUCAUAUUUGAUGGGGAUGCUACUGUAUGUAAUUGAAAGCGAUCAUAGUUUUCUUCCUAAAUGGACGCUUAAUAAAUAGGAUAUGCAAGAGGAAAGUGGAAGCACUCCACUGUUAAGUAGUUCCUUCUCUUACACGCCUACAGUAGCGCCAUUAGUCUUAAAAAUAGCUCUUAUACAAGCAGCUAGAUCAUUUGCUGCCUCUAAAUAUACCAUUAAAGUUCUGCUUUCUUUAAACUUAGCUUUGUCUGAGCAAGCAAUAGUUCAGAAGGCAGUAAAACCUAUUUGCACCGUAAUGGCAUCAGAGGUGGAUGCGAGUUCGGGACCAGAAGAUGGGACCGUACCAACUUUGAUGUCAUUAACACCAUACAUAACUAAUUUAGAACAUGGCAACAAUGAAUCAGGCAAGUAUGUCUCUGGCCUGCCCAAUAAUCGCAAACGACAGAAGCUGUCCAUUCUUGAACACAACACCAUUCAGAACAAUGAUGUGGAUAAUACGGAAGUCGAGCCCAAUAUGGAUCCGAAAUCAAAAAUGUCAGACACCAAGUCAAAUAAAUAUUCCGAAAUGGAGAAGCAUUUGAAUGACAACAGUAAGAUCGUCAUUGAAGGGACAAUAUCUAUAGGCAACUCAAAAAGAAAAAGUCCAGAAAAAUUAGUGCCAUAUGAUAACGAUUGCUAUAUGCCCCCAGAGCAGGCACUGGUCACUAGCGUGGAGUUAGUCGUUCCUGCCCCUCAAACACAUUCAUCGAACACACCGGGCAGGCAAUCUGAGGAGCCCAAUCUUAGCACUCUGGGCGAAUCCUCGACUACACCGUCAUCGACUAUUGAUAACAAAUUGCAAUACAGUACGGCUGGUCUGUAUAAUUCUACUAGUUCCACAAGUAUAUUAGCAAAUGAUAAAAUCGUUGGUUGUGCAAAUGACUCUUCCAAUUUGAACUUAAGAAUUCCUACUAAGUUAGUAGUAACGACAGCAUCAGGUGAUAUUUUGAUUGAUGAUCGAAGGGCUUCUUUAUGGACACCUCACCAUGACGAAUCCGGCCAAAGGCAGCAACGCACAGGAACAGCAUCGAGUGACACGAAGCAAGAGCCCAUGAAUGUAAGCUCAGAGCUGUCAUACCACCACCAGAAUCGUCACUCCGAACUUUUGCUACAAAUCGAGAAAGAAAGCUCUGGUUCAUUUUUACAAGCAAGUCCAAUUCCAUUGCAGGAUAACCAUAAUAAUGCAGCAUCGGGCCAGUUUGGCCAAACAGAAGAGACUUCCAAUAUUGACAGUCAGUCGCACAAUAAUUUUUAUGCCCAAAUGAUGCAGCCGCAGCACCUUCUUCAUAAUCAGCAUCAACAAAGCAUGCAUGAACACAGUCCUCGCCAUCAGCAGCCUGCAAGUUAUUCUGGCUAUAUCACUCAUUAUCAAAAUCCUCCGAUGUUUGGUGCUCAUCAAAGUGAGCAUCAUCAACGUCUUAACCAACAGCAGCAACCACUUCAGCAUCUAUUGGAUUGCCACGGGCAUUUAGAGCAAUCGACUCCUAUUUCCCAACAAAAUCAACAUCAUUUGUCACAGCAGAUCCAUCAGCACCAACAUCAGCAGACACACCAACGAUUGCCAUUGCGCGAAAACUAUCAUGAUAUUAUUAUGGAUGAUUUCCAUGAAGAACCCAGCCAUGCCUUCAAAUUAACGCUCUCUCCAAGCAACACAAAACCUGAGAAUCAAGAUGAUGGUUAUGAGACAAGUGCUGGCGACGUUUUAACACCAAAUUCGCAUAGUUCGUCCACACACUCCAUUACUCCUCAGCAUCAAAUGCAACAUUCGAAUAUCGUGCUUAUGACGCAAAACCAGAAGAAGUCUGAUGAUUUGCAAUUGACAAAAGUUACACUCUCCGGGGAAGCUCACACUGACCCCAAUGCUUGCUCAUCAAACAGUAGUCAAGGACAGGUUCUCGCCUCCCAAUCUCAUCUAGAACUGAGUGAGGGCACUCGAUGCUCAAGUCAUGCGUCUGUUGUCGAUCCCUACAGUUUUAUGGGUGAGGAGUUGCACAUGCAUUCACCAUCACAUCGUCAUUUGGAUGCUGUCACAACUGGGCCAGGGCGGUAUGGGAUUUUAGUAUCAAAUGAUACUCCCGAAUGUCUAAGCAGAGAAAUGUAUCGACACAGUCAACAAAGUACAACUGUAUUGGAACAAACUGAUAGCUCUUCGUGCGGCAUAAAUUUCAAGCCAAUGCCAAAAAAAAGAGGCCGCAAAAAGAAGCUAGUAGCUGUUAAUGCUGAUACCUCACAAAUGACAACGCCAGUCGAUCAACAAAAGGUGUCUGCUGGCAGAGCAGAUUGUGAAGAUGGUGGUGGCGAUCAAGCUGCAAAACCCAAGGAACGCAAAAAACAUGACAGAUUUAAUGGAAUGUCCGAGGAGGAAGUGAUUAAACGGACAAUUCCAGAUCAUCUAUGUGAUAACCUUGAUAUCGUUAUAGUCGGGAUAAAUCCUGGGUUAUUUGCAGCAUACAAGGGACACCACUACGCAGGUCCAGGCAAUCACUUCUGGAAGUGUCUUUACUUAGCAGGACUUACUCAGGAGCAGAUGAGUGCUGAUGAAGAUCACAAGCUGAUAAAGCAAGGAAUAGGAUUUACCAAUAUGGUUGCUCGAGCCACGAAAGGAUCUGCUGACCUUACAAGAAAGGAAAUAAAAGAGGGCAGCCGAAUUUUGCUAGAAAAACUUCAGAGGUUUCGCCCAAAAGUAGCCGUUUUUAAUGGCAAACUAAUAUUUGAAGUGUUUUCGGGAAAAAAGGAAUUUCACUUUGGUCGCCAACCUGAUCGUGUUGAUGGCACGGACACAUUCAUUUGGGUGAUGCCCUCAUCUUCAGCACGAUGCGCACAGUUGCCGCGCGCCGCUGACAAAGUACCGUUUUAUGCGGCUCUAAAAAAGUUUCGCGACUUUUUGAACGGACAGAUACCCCAUAUCGAUGAAUCAGAGUGCGUGUUUACGGAUCAAAGAAUCCGUCUAUGUAGCGCACAGCAACAGGUGGAUAUCGUUGGUAAAAUUAAUAAAACACAUCAACCUCCUCUUGGCGAUCAUCCAUCCAGUUUAACAGUAGUAAGUAACUGUAGUGGUCCAAUCGCAGGGGAUGCGGAGUGUGGAAUUGUCGCCGAGGAGUCAGAUCAGGUUCAAUCGGAGAAAAUGAUUCCCCAAAUGGAUCCCACAGUGCCAUCUUCAAGUAAUGCAACUGAUGGGAAAUCGUUUUCCUAUACGGCAGAAAAUACACCCUUACUCCCAGUGUCUAAUCAUAAUCCUUCAAUUAAUGAAAACAAUUACUUAUCCGUGAUGGGUUCUCAACAGCCCUUGUCGCAGCAACCACUAGAGAAGAAAAAACGGGGCCGUCCGAAGAAAAUAAAGGGACAAGAUAUUAUUGAUCAUUCCGUCGGCGGAAAAGCUUCAAUUGCCGGACAGCAUAUACCCAGUCAUGAUUUCAAUAAUAUUCUUAACCUUUCGGUGAUGUCUGGCGGUGGCACCAUUGAAACUCCAAAAAAAAAGAGAGGCAGACCAAAGAAACUUAAACCCGCAAUUGACAACAUAAUGACAGUUAAACAACUUCAACAUGGUAAUAACAAUUUAAACACAACAGCAGGGUUGUCGGCAAGCUCAAUGCAUCCAAUAUCCAUGGAGCAUAUUGCAGCGUCUCCGCAAAGCAGUCAUCAAAUGCCGCCAAGUUUGUACAAUACGCCCCCACCGUCUCACCUUUUGUACACUGCAUCGGCAUCACCGAUGGCCUCUCCUGCCCUUAACUGCAAUUACACUCAAGUACAUGGACAUGGAACUCCACCGGUAGGGCAAGUGGCUUCUGUUGCUCAGGGCUCGUCACCUGUCAUCGAUACGCAAAACGACCAUCUUGCUCAACAAAAGCAAUCCCACCAUGGAAAUCUAGGCGCUGGACUAGAUAUGCGGGAUCAUCCGCACUUGGGUGAAACCCCUCCGCCGAGUUCGCCAAAUAUGUGUUCAACAGUCGACUUCGAUCCACCAGACGAACACUCAGGCUCUCAAGUGGGCUCACGGGUGCAAAAUAAAGCAGUUGAAUUGGAUCAUCAACACCCUCAAAUAAUGGAGAAGGUCCAGUAUGAUAGCCCUGUACCUAAUACCGAGGCGAACCCAGCUCAUCCUCACGAAAAUUACCAGCAAUGGCUUUCGCCUCAUCCUCACCAAAGUAAUCAACCAGCACAAAAACUGACACAUCGGCAACAACAUCCACCUAUGCACCAUUUCCAUCAGGAGCAGACGGAGAACUGGCAGCGUUACGAAGAACAGAAUUCAAAUCCCUAUAUGGUGAUCUCUGCUCACCACCAGCAUUUGAGUCCACGACUUGGAAAUCAAACCCAUCAGAAUUCCUCCCCAUCUGGUCAUAUCUCCUCAGAUGUUGCUCAUAAAAGCUUAUGUGGACUCGAAUCGCUGGUUGAUCAAAUACCAGCCAUCAGAGAACAAGAUUGCAGCAAUAUACCAUUAGCGACAGUAGCGGCAGCUGCGGCUGCUGUGGAAAGUCGUAUCUUGAGCUUGCAGCACCAGCAUCAACAUCCCCUCCAACCACAUCAACAAAACCAACAAAAUCAACAGCAGCAACUAAAGCAAUGCAAACAAGAGAACUCGGCGCAUAGAGAAUCUUGUAGACCUACAAGUGAGAAUAGCAAUGUAAGCAAUAGCAAUUUUUCAGUAAGCAGUCUAGCCGCUUCUGCUUCGUCUGCAAGAACUGACAACGCUAUAUAUGGAAAUGGAGAAACAAAGGGCAACAAUGAAAGUAGCCAUCAUAACAGUUGUGACACCAAUAUUGACUAUCCCAUUCAUAAUCAAUCGGCUUAUCAUCAUACACCUCAUUUGAUUGGUAGCGCCCUGGGCACGAAUGUUAAUAAUUCUGAGCCUAAUCUUCAUACGAUUUCCCAUCCUCAUCCACCUCACCCACAUCCGCAUUCAAUGUAUGUGGACCAAGCGCACCACAUGGCACAUAUCCCUUCCGUAAAUGUAAAUUCAAUGUACGGCCCUGCGUAUGGAUCCCAUCCACAGCAUACUACAGGAGAAUACCCAGGAACACACGGUCACUAUAGUCUGGGCGGUAGCGUUCAGACUGCUGUGCCUACAAGCUCUGCAACUUUACAUGUUCCGAGUCCAAAUUAUCCAUUUGGACACCACCCAUAUGGUCAUACGCCACCCCAAGCAAACUAUCCAAGCUAUACUCAUCCACAUACUCACCAUCACCAUAGCCAUCCCUCACACCAUUUGACCGUGUUUGAUCACUUAAAGCCGUCCGACAUAAGUGGAUACGGCGGUUUUUGAUUAAAAAAAUAGGAAUAUGAAUCUGCAACCGAUUUAAUCGCAACUACUCGAAUACAGCGACUUGAUGUAAAUGUAAAUCUUUUACGAUUUUGCGUCCCGCCGCAUCUCAGCAAUAUUUAUCAAUCUCCGGCAUUGCCGAUUUUACUUUAAGGAUUUUUUAGAUCUUAUAUACAAUAAGAUAACCAAAGACUCCGCCUAAUCUAAUUAUUCUAGCUUUACUUUCUAAAAUUACAAAAUAUUACAUAUGAUAGUGUUUACUUAAAUUAUAUACGUAACAUACAGAAAAGUACGAUCCCGAAACAAUUGUUUGUACUUAAAUCAUUUAAGCAUACUUUAUUUUACUCACACACAAAUAUUGCGAAACUUACUAGUAUAUAAUAAAGUUUUAAAAUAAUAAAAAUCUUUUGUUUAAUACAAAACAAAGUUAUACUUAAAUCCGCAGCCCACAAAAACUACAUUUUGCAGUUGUCAACCCAGUUCAUGAAGUUAUAAUCUAAGAGCUGUUUCCACCAAAAAUAUUAUAUGAAUUUCUAUUGUUUUCACCUAAAAGCGCUUUUCUGCGGACAUAACAUGAGAAUGGAGUGUUCAUAGAACAGCUACAAAAAUGACAAUGUAAUUUCGUGUAUUUAUAUGAGAGUAAUUAACAUUAAUUUUUUUGGUAAUAUCUCCUUUAAAAUUGGAAAAGACCACAAUCCCAAAAUUAAAAAAACAACCAAGAAUCUGUUGGGUCCUAAUUGCCAUUUAAAAACGCCUAAAUUUGGAAUUUGUAUAUCCACAUUUGGAAUUCGUGAAUCGUAAUCAAUAAGUUUUUGGGUCCCAUCAUUUUAUUUAACAAAUGUAUCAUUUUAUAGUAAAGUGUAACCAUGCAGACAAACGGAUAGCAAGAAUUCUCAUUAUAACUAAAAGUUCAAAGUAAUUUCCAACAUAAAAUGUUGCGUAUUUUAUAUUUGUAUGCAUAAUGAGACUUGUAUAUCUAAUUUUAUACCCGUUACUCCUAGAGUAUAAUGGUAUACGUUGAAAAGUAACAGGCAGAAGGAAGCGUUUCCGUGUGUAUGAAGUUCGAGAUCUAAAGAACUAUAAAAACUAGAAGGUUGAGAUUAAGCAUAAAGAUUCUAGAGACAUACGACCACAAACCACCAAAAACUGCCACGCCCACAUUUUUAACAAAUGAUAUAAUUUUUUUGGUUUAAAUCAUUUGUUUUUCCAUUUCUAUCGAGAAUACCCAAUUUCUACCGAUAUUCCUGAAAAAUGUUGAAAUUUCUCGGCCCCACUUGAACUAGCUAACGGUUAUCUGAUAGUCGGGGAACAUUGACAUAAUUUCUGCAUGCUAUAUAUUCUGAAGUUAAGUGUUUUAUAUAGCAAGAUAAAAAUUACCACAAAUUUCAAAUGCGUUUAGGUUACCUGAGCGUGUGAGUGUAAUUUUUCUUAAUAUCAAUUCUUAUUUGAAAAUUUCUUUCCAAUAGAAUGUACAAUUAUUUUGAAUUAACCAGAGAACCAAGUCUUUGGACAUGUGUCGCAUCGGUGUUGUACUUAAAAAACACACAUCGAGAUAGAUUUUAAGCCUACUAUUAAGGAAAUUUGAUGUAUAUAUUGACAUUGUAGAUUUAAUUAUGCUCUAUUAGUGUACUACAUCUUCGAAAGUAAAUGCAUUCUCGGGCAUUUUGGGAAUUUUAGGAAAAUUACGUUACUUUUUAAAGUUAUAGAACAAAUUGAUUUAUUGAAACUCACACAAUUUUUAUGUUUUGUACAUAUUUAUUUAAACAAAACUAAACUAAUAAAAAAUAAGAAGUCAUAAGAUAACUAGCGGUAAAAGCAGUUUUAAAAGUUGCAAUCAAUAAACAUAAAUCUUUACAAAUUGAACUAACCACAUGAAUUUUCGAUCUAAUACAAAUUUAAAUAUUGUGUUAUUAAACUUUCGUGAAAGGAUCAACAUAAAACUUUUAUACCCAUUACUCGUAGAGUAAAAGGGUAUACUAGGUUCGUUGAAAAGUAUGUAAGAAGGAAGAGUUUUCGACUAUAUAAAGUAUAGAAAUAUUCUUGAUCAGGAUUAGUCCGUAUGAACGUCGAGAUCUUAGGAACUAUAAAAGCUAGAAUGUUGAAAUUAAGCAUAGUUUCCAGAGACAUAGACGCACAUAAAGCCCACAAACCGCCCAAAACUGCCACGCACACUUUUAAAAAAUGUUUUGUUUUUUUUUUUAUAUUUUUAUUAGUCUUGUAUUUCUAUCGAUUUGCAAAGAUUUUUUGCACACGCCCACAAACCGCCCAGAACAGCCACGCCCAAAAAAUGUUUUUGUUUUUUAUUUUUUCCUAUUUUAAUUAGUCUUGUAUUUUUAUCGAUUUGCCAAACAACUUUUUGCCACGCCCAUAAUAACACCCACAACCCGCGCAAAAGUGCCACGCUUACACGUUUAAAAAAUGUUUUGAUUUUUUUUAGUUUUGUUGUUUGUCUGGCCAAUUUCAAUCGGUAUACCAAAAACACUUCGGCAACGCCCCUUCUUACACUUGCAAACAGCCCAAAACUUUAUUUUAUUCCCCAAUAUCUAUUGAUAUGAUGAAAUUUCGCGUUAGCGAAAUCUGAUAGUCGGGGAAGUUUUUUUGUUUAGGUUCCUUAAGUGUAUUUAAACUAUUGUAAACUCCGGUUUUGUGAAAAUUUAAAAUAAAUUUUAGUAAACCACAUUAACAAAUUCGUUACUUGUGAUUUUUAUUAAAAAGUUUGCUUUAUAUAUUAUAUAAAAACCAUGCAGUUUUUUUACAAUAAAAUUAUCUAAAGUCAAUUGUAAAUGUUUAGAGCUAUCUAAUCGGACCAACAAACGUGUUUUUGUUAACUAGAAUUCUUUUUCUUUUAGUGCAACCUAUGUCGUUUUGAAUUAAACUUAUAAUUUGGGUACUGCAGUUUUUUAUUAUAAAAUUGGGCGAUUGUGUUGCUGCCUUAGGUAAAGUCGGAAGGUUAAUUAAAAAUGUAUCAUUGAUUCGAUGAUUUAGAUAAUAACCGUUUUUGUUCUUAUAUAUAUAUUUUUAUACCCGUUACUCGUAAUGAGAAUGGUUUAAUAGAUUCGUUGAAAAGUAUAUACAUAUAUACAUUUGUAUGUAUAUACUUUCAUAUACACUAUUUGGCAUCGUGUUACUGCUACCACAAUUUUAAAACCAGUUUCGCGUAUAAUUUCUGUAAGGCUGCUUGCCUGAAGCAAGCUUGCGUUACGCUUUAGUUAACGCUUUUCAGAACCGUGUCUACUGAAAGGCUUUUAAGACCCAUGUAAUUAUUUUGUAACAACUGUGCCGACUAAUUAGUAUUUCUUUUUAAACUUCCAAUAUGGUUCAACUCCUAUGUAGAGUUCUUUCAUACCUUAUAGAGCAAACUUGACAAACAAAUGAUAAAAAAGGUUUAGGUCAGUAAAAUAGGAUACCUUAAUUAUUGUAUGUAUUUUAAUUUAAUUUAAUUUUGUAAGAUAUAUAUUUUUUUGAUACAAGGUUUAUUUAAAUUGAUUGUUAUACUCGUUACUCACAGAGUAAUAGAUUGUACGAGAUUCAUUUACCAGGUAGAUGAAAGCAUUUCCAAUCCUAUAAAGCAUAUAAAGCUUUGGAUGACAGUGACGCAUCGCAGCAGGAGUGCUGUCUUUAUUAGAUUAAGAUUCAUAAUCGAGUCGAACUGGCCAUUUCCGUCCGUCUGAGGGCUCAUCUUGUUGUAUUUAAACACGUUACUCGUAGACUAAAAAGGUGUUGAAAAUUAUGAACAUGUAGAAGGAAGCGUUUCCGAUUCUUCUUAUUCGGGAUCAAUAACAGAGUCGAUCUGGCCAUGUCCGUCAGUCCUUCCGUAUGUACAAGAUCUCUGAAACCAUAAAAACUAGAAGUUCAAAAUUAAGCAUACAGACUCUAUCGACAUAGACACAGAGCAAGUGUGUUGUCCAGUGUUGCCACGCCACUGCGGUUUGUGAGCGUGGACGUGGCAAACAUUUUUUUGGUAAAUCGAUAAAAAUGUACAAGAUAAAUAGAAAUUAAAAAACAUGAAAAUAUUUUUAAAAGGUGUGGACGUUGCAGUUUGGGGGGCGUUAGAGAGGGCGUAGGAACAUUUUAAAACAAACUUUCGCUGCGUCUACGCCUUUGGAGUCUGCAACUCUCUAGCUUUAAUAGUUCCUGAGAUCAAAACGAUCAUACGAAUAGAGGGACAGGGCCAGAUCGUCUCGGCUAUUGAUCCUAAUCAAGAAUAUAUACACCUUAUGAGAUAAAUCGCUGGUUGACUUCUUGUUUGUUUGAUGAAAAAGAUGAGAAUUUUUCCGAAGCUUAAGAAGAGCUGGAAAGGGAAGUGUUCUUGCCGCGAAAAAGAAAUAGAAAUCCCUCUGACAAUAUUAAUUAAAUUAGAAAUUUGCCACGCUGUGAAGAAGAUAUUUGCGUCCAUAAAGCUGAAUACUCAAAUUUCGAGACGAAUAAUAAUAUUUUAUUUAAACUAAGAAAAACUGGAAAAAUCAGCUUAGAAAAAAUCGCAAAGAAAGUGAAAACGGAGGCUUAAUGAUAGAUUUAUAUGUGUUCUAUUUAGCCAAUCAUAUUUUCGUAGUUCCGAGAUCUUAAAGUUAAUACGGAACGGCGGACGUGGCCACGCAACCUUAUUGAAUUGGUCCAUUCUGUUUCAUAUUUCUCAACGAAUCUAGUAUUUCCGAAAUCGCGCAAAUUACUGAUAUUAGGAAAAGUCUUUUGAUGUCAUAGGUGUAAGAAAAAACAAGUGUAUCUGGUUCAUAUUUUUAUUCAUUUAUAAUUUUAUAAUAUAUGCACAUCUGCCAAUUAUUAAAUAUAUAGGAACUUUAUUUAUACUUCCUACUUUUGUAAGUUUUACCCAGUAUUUGGAGUAACUUUGAUUAAUUAAUAAGUUGACAAUAAAAUUACUUAUACGCUUUUGUUUACUUAUACUAAAUAUAAGAAACAUUUGUUGUCAUAUGGUAAAUAUUAUUUCAAGUGAGAAACUAAGAGCAUACGAUUGUGCAAAAUGUGUUGAGUAUUUCCGAACACACAAAAUAUAUGCCUAAUUUGUAAAAAAAAAAAAAAAUAUGAUUGUAAUGUCUAACUUAAUAAAUGUUUUCAAACCAACGGGAAAAAAAUAGUUUUAAGGUUUUUUUUAGUGAUAUUUGUGAUAUGUUGUAUAUUUAUACGUACAUACAUCGGUAUGUGUGGUGGCUAUCAGUUGAGCAAUGAAAGUUUUGAUAUCAUCUUAUAAUCUCAUAUUAUUUUGUGUGUUGCUUAUGGAAUAAUGUUUUAAAUAAGAUUGUUUAAAAAAAGCUAAAGACGAUUAUUUCGAAGUCAUAAUUUUAGAAAACAAAUAUAUGUAUAAAUAUAUUAUAUAUAUAUAUAUAUAUAUAUAUAUAUUAUAUAUAUUAUAUAAUAUAUGUAUAAAUAUAUUAUAUAAAUAUAUAUAUGUAUAAAUAUAUAUAUAUAUACAUAUUAUUUAUAUAUAUAUAUAUUAAUAUAUAUAUAUAUAUAUAUUAAUAUAUAUAUAUAUAUAUAUAAAUAGAUAAUAUAUAAAAUAUAAAUACAUAUAAUGUGUAAAAUAUAUUAUAUAAAUAAUAUAUGGGGUGUUAGUAUGGUAUUCUGUCCAUAUCUGUGUUUGUUGGCAAUUGUGAAGGCUUAAGUACAUGUAUUUAAAUGGGAUUUCAAACAUUCACAUAUUUAUAUAUGACAUUAUUUCUACAUAAAUUGCCUGUCACUUAUUUAUGGUGAGAUGAACAGAAAAUCUUGUCAUAUAUAGUAUUCCUGAACUUACACGUAAAUAUAUUUGUAUAUCUUUUUAUUAAAUUCUAUAGGAACUUCUUAGUAGAUUCUUAUGUUUCGCAACAUAUGUUAUAUUGAGUUGCGGUUAACAAUAAACUUAUACAUAAACGAGUACUAGGACGUAUAAAUGUACGUUAUUCAGAAUGAAAUAAAAUAAAUAUAGGGCUGUAUAUUUAAUUUUUUUAUAUUUUAAUUUUCAGUCAAAUAUUAUUUUCUUUUAAAAAUGUUGUAACUCUUUAUGGUCUAAAUUUGUCCUUUCAAAUUAUUAAUAGUUACAUUGACAAGGAAUAUUUUAAAAUUAUAUAUGUAAGUAAACGUACCAUAUAAGCUGAGAUUUCGCUUUAAAUUCUAUGUUGUGUAUUGGAAGAUUUAAGAAAAGGUUAUACAAUUGUGAAAUAGUAACCCCUGUCACUCCCAGAAGUAAGUUUUUUAAACUUAAGUUAUAAACAAAUUAAUGAUUGGAAAUAAAAAUUUAUUUAAUAAUUUUUCAACUGUGAAUGAAUUGCUUAAUACGGCAUAAUAAUUACUUAACAAGGAAACUGUGAUAUAGGUCGAAACAAAAUUCAUGAUUUAACUAAAGCCCCUUUCCUUAUCUCACUGCUCUUCCGAUUUCUUUUCAUACGGAAAUUGGAAUUUUCUGCAGAACAAAUUAUUGGCACGAUUCUCUCACCAUAAGAAUGACGUAAAUAAUAUAAAUUUCUUUAAUAUUGUACAGUGUUUCUAAAUAAAAUAGGAACCACGUAUGUAUAUAUUUCAGCUUUUAUAUUCGGCAUACUGAAGCAGAUCUUAGUAUUCAUUGGCUACAUUCUAAUAUAAAAACAAAGGCAAAAGCAAUCAAAUGCUAGGAACUCAGUUUACAUUUCACUAAAUCUAGUUCAUUAUAUAUGUAUCUAUAUGAUAUCAUAUUUUUGUUUGGAGCGACUUGUUAUUUUAACUUAUCAUGAUAACGCCCUCCAUCUUGAAUUGUUAAGGAUUGCCUCAAGUGUGUAUACCUUAAGUUUAUUGCUAAUUUAUAUUUCGAAUAGUUAGGAACACUUCCGUUUAAUUUAGAGAUUCUUACUAAUGUUGGAAUAGGUUUUCGCAAGAAUUCAAUACAUAUAUCUGUAGAUUGAUGGAAUGUCAAUGUUUUUGUAAACUCUUUAAAAUAGGAACUUUUCAGUUUUCGUAGUAUGGUUGUUUUUUUUUGUUUGUAUUUUUGUAGGGUACGCAUAUUUCGUGUGUCAUAAUGCAAAUACUUUUCCUUUUGUAGUCUGCAAGGUACAAUAUGUUUAACGGUUUAGAAAACGAUAUGUGUAUCAACUUACCUAAAUUUUAACCACUAUCCACGGUUAUAAGGCCAUAUAAACACUCAGAUUUACUUUCCACCUAUAACUAAUAAAAUAAGAGUUACUGAUUAAGCUAUCAGCCAUUGAAUAUAUCAUUAGAUGAUUGUGUUACACUACUUCAACUGAAAACUUUUAUUCAAUAUUAACUUUACAAACCAAACUAUUAUUAAGACAACGACUAAAUAAUAAUAAAAACGCAAGUUAGUAAUUAAAGAAUUUGAAUAAAAUUAAAUGUUUAUUUUGUACAUGUUU